AUGCCAGGCCCCGGACCGGGAUGCUACACUUUGCCCCCCACAGUUGGGUUCGUCAACCACGACUUCACUCGAUUCACCAGUCCAGCUUACUCCUUCCACCAGAGGUUGAAAAACAGAAUAGACCUGAAGGAUUCAAGUCCCGGGCCGUGCUACUUCGUGCAACCUGAGCUCACGCGCUUCGGCCGGGCGAAGGGACCUUCCUACUCCAUGCUGGCACGAGCCAGACCCCCGGGUCUGCCUCAGACCCCCGGGCCGGGGGCAUACAGCCCCGAGAGGGCCCCUCCUCCGUCGCAGCAGAGACCGCCUUCCUUUUCCAUCGGGGCCCGCACCAGAAGCCGCUUGGUGGACCCCGUCCCGGCCCCCAACAGCUACACCCUCCCCUCGCUGCUUGGCCCGCGGGUACCCAGCAAGCCCUCGAGCCCAUCCUUCACCAUCCGUGGCUGGAACUCCAAGGGGAGCUACGCCGAAGACCUCUCCCAGACCCCCGGUCCGGGGCGUUACAACACCACGGACCCCAGCAUCUAUCUGUGCCGGCCCCCGUCUUUCUCCAUGCUGGGGAGGUUGAAGAAGCCCACGCGGGUCUCCCAAACCCCAGGCCCCGGGGCCCACAGCCCAGAGAAGGUGAAGUCUCAUAGGGCGAGAGCCCCUUCCUACUCCCUUGGCGUCCGCCACUCGGAAUUCCUCAUGCCCCUCAUCACAGAUGUUCCAGAAUGGUAG